AUGCGACCGCCAGCUGCCAAAACAGCCAAGAAGGAUCGACGAGAUGCGCCUCUUGCCUGCCAAGGCCGUCUGCGCAUCCCCCCUCCUGCAGAGCAUACACACGCUCCCCCGCCGUGGAUCUCAGAGGCGCCAUGGCGCAACAAUUCCGCUCGAAUACAACCCUUUGUCCCCGCAUACAUCUCCCCUUUCCUACCCCAUCUCCACCUCCUUGCGCGUUCCAAGAUGCCCUCGAAGCGCAUCACCUCGCUCGUACUCGUCUCGCUGGCGGCGCUUGCUGCGCUCACUGCCCACGCCGACGCCCAGCAGUGCUCUGCCACCUCCAAGUGCGGCUCGGCUGCUCCCUGCUGCUCGUCGUACGGCUACUGUGGCACCUCGAUCGACCACUGCCUUGGCACCUGCGACCCCACCGCCUCGUUCCAGCCCUCGUCGUGCAAGCCCAUGCCCAAGUGCAAACCCCAGACCAUCUCCUUCACCAACAAUGCCAAGCCUUGGGUCCCCGCCUCGGCCUACCGUGGCGAUCCCAACCAGGCUCCCUUCACCCUCGACCAAGGCACCAUCGAAACCGCCAAGACCGGCUCCAAGCUUCUCCUCACCAAGGACGGCACCGCCAAGAAGGGCACGCUUCUGUCCACCACCAGGUACUGGUACUAUGGCCAGGCAAGCGCCGUCAUGAAGCACUCCAGCUGGGCCGGCGUCGUCAACACCUUCAUCGGCAUGAGUGGCACAAAGGAUGAGAUCGACUGGGAGUGGGUCCCGGACCAGACACCGGACCAGACGUCGAACCAGACAUCGGACCAGACAUCGAAGGGAAAGUCUGCGGUACAGAGCAACUGGUACUGGUUCGGGCAGCCCGAGGGCUAUACGCACGGCUACACCGUCCCCUACUCGGUCCUCGACCCCAUCUCCAAGCCCAACUCGUUCAGCACGACCGACUGGCACACGUACACGAUCGACUGGUCGCCCAACCGCCUUCGCUGGCUGAUUGACGGUACCGUGGUGCGCACGCUGUACCGCAAGAACACGCUCAACGCCAAAGACGGCCUCUACCACUACCCGUCCUCGCCCAUGCGUCUGCAGCUGAGCAUCUGGGGUGCCGGCGAUGGCACCUUCCAGCAGGGCACCGUCGACUGGGCAGGCGGUCUGAUCGACUGGAACAAAGCGCCCAAUGGCCGAUUCAUCAAUAUGGUCAAGGAAGUCACAAUCACCUGCAACGACCCGGACGACGUCAGGGAUAGCCGGCCCAACUAUGCCUUCAGCGCCAAGCAGGUCAAUGCACAGAAUGGACAGCCAAAGGUGCUCUCGACGUCUAGAUCGUCCAUUUUGGCCUAG